AUGGAUCUUAAACAUUUUAUAAAAACAUGUCAUGAACAAGUGAAUUUACAUCCAGACUUUGUUUUGGAUCAGUUUGAUCCAAACACUAUUUCAUAUAUUCAGCCAUUUUGUUUAAAUUUUGUUGGAAACCCCUUAAUUGGUUAUAUUUAUGUAAGUAUUGUUAUUUUUAAAUUAUUAAAUAAUAGAUAGGUAGGUAAUCAUUUUUCAAAGGCUUAUAAAAUAACUUUGGUUUUUAGAAAAAAUCUACCCCAAAAAUUGUUGAUCGUUCAUUUACUUCUGAUUCUGAAAAUGAAGAGUAUGAUGAAUAUGGUAAUUUUAAUUUUAAUGUUAUUAUGUUUUUAAAUUAGUUUUAUUAUAUAUAAUUAUUAUUUAUUAGAAUUGACGGGAAAUCCAUUAGAAUGCCCUUUUAGUCCAAUAAAAGCUCAGAAAGUCCAAAUACAAAAUAACAAACCAGAAGAUAGCCAUACACCUAUAAAUUUGCUUCAAGCAAGGUAAAAUAAUUAAAUUCAAAAUAAUUUUCAGAAUAUUUGUGAAAUUAAAGUUUAUAAUAGUUUUAAGUUUCUUUUGUUUUACUUUUAAGGCAAUAAAUAAUAAUACAAAAUAUAUAUAUAUAUAUAGUAAAUAUCAGAUUAAAUACACUACAGUAGUAUGUAAAUGUAUAAGCAUAUUUCAUAUAGUUUUAGAUAUAAUACAUUAUAUCAGGUAACAAACAUAAAUAAAAUAUACGACAAUACUAAAAGUACAGAUUUGAUAAAUAAAUCUACAGAUGAUCUUCAAAGGUAUAUCCAUUUCGGUAUUUCAAAAAGUAUUAGCUUUUAUAAGAACUUUUUAUUUUUGACAAUUUAAGAAAAACAUAGUUAUAAGUGUGCCAUACCAUUUUUUUUGUCACCCUUAUUUUGAGGAAUGUAAUUUUUGAUUUAAACUAAUGGUACUCUAUUUAUGGAAUUUUAAGUUCUGAGUGGAGCAAAAAAACUUAUUGUUUUACAAUGGUGUUUAUUUUUUUUUAUUAUCUGUGAAAAACUUGUCUAGCAGAAAUAUUGCUCCGAUUUACAAGUGUCUUUUUCUGAAAGGAAAUCUGACUGGGUUGGUACUUUAGGAAGGUUAUUUUUUGAUUUUUUACUAGUUUUCUUAAUGUAUUGGAAAAUCUGAAAAAACAAGAAAAUGUACGAAAUGUAGAUAUUAGUUAAAAAAAAUACAUGGCCUUUUUUUUUUUGUGAACAACUUUUCUACCAGCAAUUUUACUCCGAUUUACAAUGAUAACACUUUCUGAAAUCAAAUCUGACUGCAUUGGUAUUUUAGAGAGGUAAUUUUUCGAUUAGAAGGUAUACAUUAAAUUCCCAUUUGUAUCUUACCUUACCAACCUCCCACCUACAACAGUGGCACCUUUAUAUGCCAAGUAUGUCUGUAUUUUUAUUAUUUGUGCCAUUUUUAAAUCUAAAGUAAGUACAGUCGUUUCUCAACUGAAAUUAAAAAAUAAAACAAACUAAUGGUGGUAAUGUACUAUUCAAAAGCAGCUUGUUUCUUAAAUUGUUAAAGAAUUCUAAAAAAAGUUAAUUCUUUCUGAGAUUAUAUAGGGUAUUUUUUUUUGUGGGAUACUGUAUUAGAUCAUAUUUAUAAUAUACAAUUUUUUCAUUUUCGGAUGAUAGCUUGUAGCUGAAACUAGUUGUAACUGUAAUAAAUUAUAUAAUUUUUAACUUAACCUAUUAAUAAUGGUUAUUGGAAUUUGAUAUUUAUUUAACGUAUAGUUUUAUUAUUAUUAAGAUUAAUACAUAUUAAAUAUAUAAGUAUCAUUGCUUAUACAUUUCUAUUACAUUAAUCUUAAUGCAACAUAUGUUGCCAUUGGUGCUUGACAUAUCCAUUUAUGUUUUUAAUUAUUUCUAGACAACUUGUGUACUUAAAACUGAAAAGUGAUGAAUUAUCAAGUGUACCAUUAUUUAUAUUAUGUGAUGGAUUAAAAAAUAAUACAAUUUUAUUGGGCGGUGAUGUACACGAAAGAUGGCAUUCUCGUUAUUGGGGUGAAUAUAAGGGAUGUUAUGAUGUGAAACAUUCUGAGCUUUCUGUACAAAGUAUGAUAGAAACUCAUAAAAAAUUUCCACAAGUUUCAUCUAUGAUUGUAAAUUAUUAUAUUAUUAAUUAUAAUUUUUGAAUUUUGUAAGUAUUAAAAACAAUUUAUGUUACAUUUAGUUAGAGUCUAAAGUGUCUGCAGUUAUAAAUUUAACUAUGUCUAACAACGCAGAAGAAUUAACAUUUAUUGAAAACAGUCCAGGCAUGGUUGUACUUAACCUUAGUUGGCGUAGACCAUCAAUUUUUGCUCCUCUCAUGUCAACAGAAUCAUUUAUUGUAAGUAUUUGUUUAAAAAACAUUUUGGUUUGAUAUAGAUAUUAAUUUGGUUGAUAGAUAAAACCCAAAUAUUUAUUUUACACGUAGCUAUGUUUUGUGUUUUUUUUCUUUAAUAUUUUCUUUUAUGUUAUUUCUUAUAAUAAUUAAAUUGAGGAUGAUUUUGUUGAAACCAAAGCAUUAGUCAUAUUUACCUUAGACUAGUCAUUGACUACCUUAAUGGUUGAACUGACUGCAAGGUAAAAUAAAUUCUAAGACAUAAUUUAAUGUACUUUUAUCACAGGAUUCAACCCUUUAUGAAUGAUAGGUGCUUGAUUUUUGGUUUUAUGAUUUAAAAAAAUUAUUUUUUUUUUGUUUAUUUAUGAGUUUCCUUAGUCAUGUGGAUGAGAAAAGAAACUGUUUUUAAUCUUGGUUAUCACAAAAAAUAGACAAAAAUGUUUCUUUUUAAAAUAUAAAAUAAAUCAAUUAUAACAUAGUAAUACAGAUUAAUAUAGAUUCCUUACACAAUGGAUUAUAGAUUAUCCUAAUACUCGGAAGGAGGAGGGCAGAUAAUACAUCUACCUACUUAAACUGUACUGGGAGAAUUGGUUCAAGGGAUUAUUGUUUCUAAUGAGAAUGAACAUUGAUUAAAUGUUAUAUUUCUAUUCAAUAAAUAUUGUAUGUGGGCAAUACUGUGCAGAAUUACUAGUUUAUAUACAUAUAUAUGUAUAUAUAUUUUUUUUAUUUAUAUACUUUAUUAUUAUUAUUUGUAUGUACAUUUUUUUAUGAAUUUUAUUUUGCAGGAUAUUCAGUGUAUAUUAGGUCAUGAAACUAGUCCAUUGCAAUCAUUAUGGCAUCAAUUAUUAUUUUUAGAGGAUUUAAUUGAACAGUUAAAAUAUUUAAAAGAUGAAUGUUUAAGUAAUAGAAUAAAUAUUGAAUUCCCUCAGUUUCAAGUAAAUAUAUUUAUAAUUUCUUUUAUUCGUGUUUAAUUUAACUGUAAGAUUAUGUGUAAUUUUAAAGGGUGAUAUACGAGGUGGUGUCAAUGGAAAUAUUGUUGAAAUGUUUCCAAUGAUGCUGCAAAGUGUAUCUUCUACAUUAUACAAACGAGGCAAGUUGGGACACCAAGAAGAUAAUGAACAAAAGUUGUUUUGUCAAUGUGUCAGAGAUAUCAUUUCUGCAGAAUGUGUUCAACAAGAAUUUACUGAUAAACUUUGGACAUAUUUGUUAGGUAAUUAAUAAAUGGAUUAAAGUAAAUAAAGAUUAAAUACAUUUUAACACUAUUUAGAAUGUAAAUCAUAUCAUGACUUAAUUGGAUGUUUUGAACAUUUGUACAAGGCUGUAAGAAAUGAACGAUUCAAGCCUUUGGUAUGUAUGCCAUUAUAUCAUAAUUAUUGUUAACUCUUUUGUAGUGUGUUAUUAAAUUUAGAUCAAAUCAUCAAAUGGUACAAGAUUAGCACAAAUAUUAAAAUCUUUACCAGGAAAUACAACAUCUAAUCCUGAAAAAUUGUAUGACCCUGUACAGCUAUUAAUUGAAAUUGGUAUCGAAAAACUAAAAAAUGAUUAUACUCAAGCAUUUAUUGUUUCUAAAGUGGCUUUAGCUGAUAAUUUAAAAUUGGAGCAUAAUAACAAGUUUAGUAUAUAAAAUGGAUUUAUUAAUGUGUAUAGGGUGAUUCAACUAACUGGAAGCACUCAUUAUUUCUGAAAGUAUUAACUUUUUUUGCAAUAUUUUCCCAUUUAUAAAUUAAAGUAAAUGAGAAGUAGUGGAGUAUCAUUUAUGUGGCAGCAUGGCGUGCGGCGAUUGAAUAGUGCUCUACUACUCUCCCCUUACCUACCUCAUCAACAUUUAUUUGAAUUAAUACACUAUCUGUUUAAUAUUUUUAAUAUUUAUGUAACCUAUUUUUAAUAGGUUGCUAUUUGAAAAUCAAAAGUUGGUAGUCGUUUCACUCCCAAAAAUAAGGGUGACAAAAAAAAAAUGAUAAUGUUAUAUUUUAGAACUAUUUGUUUCCAGUUAAGUGAAACCUGUAUAUUAUAUUUAUUAAGUAAUAAUACCUGGGUGUCAAUAUCGUAUUAUCCUUGUUCGUAUUCAAUUUUUUUAUUUGCUCAAUCUAAUUUUGUAUUGAGAAAAAAUAAUUUUAUUUAACUAGCCUGAUAGUUUUGAAAAUAUAAUUUUAUCGGUUUUGUGUUAUCUAGGUCUGCCAUAGACAUCAGUUAACAGUAUUUGAAAUAAUUUACCCUGUGCGUAAUUUUAAUUUUAUUAUUCACUUAAUUUUUUUAAAUAGAGAAAUAAAUAUGCCAUGAUUAUAUCAUUGAAGUGUUUCUUGAUUGUUAUGUUAUACAAUAAACAAUAUUUUUAUUUUGAUCAUAAAUAAGUACCUACUUACAAUAUUAUGUGGUCAAAGAUUUUCUUUUAAUAUUAUAUCAAUAUAACAAUGGUUUAAAUAGAAGUUGGAACAAAUCAUGUAACCAUGCACCCAUUCCCAUUAUCCUAGGACAGCUCUUUUGACCUCUCUAGAAAUUAAAACAGUUAUUACUAAGAAACUAUUCAUCAAAUAUUUACGUAUAUUAGAUUAAAAUGUUAAGAAUAAUAUCUAUUACAAUACGGCUAUUUUUUAUAUGUUAAAAAAUUAACAAAAUAAAGUUAUUUUUUUUAGUGAUUGAGGGAUAAUUUAGUUUUUCUCUAAAUAUAUGUCCCCUGACAUAAAAUCCGAUUGAAAAAAUAAAAAAUUUAAAUAUUUACAGAGUUACAAUUUAUUAUUUAUUAGCAUUGAGAAAAUAUGAGGGGAGGGAAUACCAUGUAUUAAUAUAUAUUGAUAAUUUUUUAAAAUAAUUUUAGAUUCUGUAACGUAGAUUAUUCGGAGUGGUGGACAACAUUAAAUUUAUGGAUGUUAUGGUUAUGUAGAGUUCACACAGUUUUAGAUUUAACAGCUAUAACUGAAUCCGUGUUAAAUAUAUCCACACAAAGUAUGAUGCCAGUCACAACAAAUGCAUUGCGUUGUUAUCUUGGCAAUUCAUCUCCAAUACAGUCAAUUGAUUCUGUGAAAUUACUACCACCACAAACAUUCAAAACUUCAAUCAAUACUCAUUUUAUUGAGCAUCAUAUACCAAAGUAUUGUUUUUAAUAAUCUUUUAUCUAUUAUUUAUGUUUUAUUUAUAUGUAGAUCAUAAAAAAUUGUAUAACUAAUUUUUUUUUUAUAGAUCAUUUACCUAUGAUAGUUGGACACUACAGUUAAUAUCAAAAAAUAAUAAUCGGCGUGUUAUUAGUAUAUUUCACCGUAACACUAAAAAUAUAUUACCCAAACAAAUAUCAUACCAAGGUUUGUAGAUAAAUUAAAAAAUAUGAUUUUGCAGAUUUAAAUGUUAGAUUAGAAUUUUUGGUUUAUUUACUAUUUUUAUGAAUGGAAGGGGACUAAUAUUAAUUAUUAUAAUAAAAUUAAUUUGUUUGUAUUAUUAUUAGGUGAUACCAGUUGCGAAACCAAUGAAAAAUUGAUGGAUCAAACAGUUUUAACACUUGAGACAUAUCAUUGUAUCAAUUUUCAUAUAUUAUCAGAUCAUUUGAAUUAA